UACUGGAACGAUGUGCACGUAUAUGUGGUUCGCAGUUAUUGUGUUAACUGAACAUCUGUGUACAGCUGCAGUUGGUCCAAUACCUAACUGUACGGUGGUGGUAGGCAGUACACUGGACACAGACCGUACACUGGACACAGGCCGUACACUGGACAUCGUACAUGGUCAUACAACGAACUCCGAAAAUGACAAUAAUCUGAACAGCACAGUAAUGAACGUAUACUGCCUUAUAAAUGAAGGGGAUAAUUGGAACUUCUCUUUAGUAAGGGAGUGGACAGCAGCAUACGGUGCUGGUCCGGUGCACGUGUCCAUCACGUGCAAGCAAGGGGGCAGCGUGUAUUUGCGGCGUCCGAUCAAAGCCGACCACCUCGAACUGCUCCGUAUCCAUGCCUGUAACAUAGUUGGUAUGAGUGAUACAGACUUUUCCGCAGAACUGCAACAGAAGAACUAUUCCAUCCGCCAACUGGUGAUAGAGGAUUCCGUUAUAGAGGUAUUAUUAACUGAAAUAUGGAGAUAUUACAUGGAUGACGCUGAAAAGAACCGAGAAAUCUAUCCCUGUGGGUAUCCCCAAACUCUGGAGGAACUGACUAUAAGGAAUACCAAUUUCAAGUACAUUCGAGACAUGAGCUUGACGAAUACGAAGAAUGACGAACUGAUGAAGAAGAUCCUUCAGUAUAACACAAGAAAGCACCAGUGUAUCUACAACAAUUUGCUCUACCUAGAGUAUUCGGGGACCAGCUCUAGCAGCAAGGAUGAACUCAAUGAGCAGUUUCUUUAUAAAUGCAUAUAUCCCAGCCUCAAAGUAAUGAACAUUUCCCGCCUCUUACUCACUCGAGCUCCCGAAAAACUUUCAAAAUACUUGUGGCAUAUUGACUUUCCCGAAUUAGAGCUGAUAGACUUGUCUCAUAACCGAAUCACAGAUAUCGACUUCGCAAGCCCCCCUCCCAAAGGAAAACGCAUAGCAGUUGACUUGUCAAACAACAAGCUAUCAAUUCUACAUCGGUCGAGCAUACAAAACGUGAAAAACUUUUAUCCUGGCGUCGUAAACCUCCGAGGAAACCAAUGGGUUUGCAACUGUUCUCAGCAGGACUUCGUCAAGUUUCUCCAGGAGGAGGAAGGUGCUGUUAUCGACGGCUAUGCCUACCUUGGCGAAGCAAAGUGCAGCCGACCAGUGUCUACGCUUGGUCAAUACCUAAAGAACGCCAAGAAUCUGUGCGGGGAAACGUCGGAUAAUCAUCUGCCAAGUCUGGUGCUUUACGUCUGUCUGCCACUUCUCGUACUCUGCUUCGUUGUCCUCAUUGUUCUUGUCAGAUUUAGACGGGAAAUCCGUGUUCUUGUAUUUACGAGGUUCACAUCGGUGAAUACUUGUUUGUUUGUCCCUGUUCCGACAAAGUCAGAGAGAGCGGAGAAGGAUUUCGACGCCUUUGUAUCCUAUAGCUCACUAGAUGAAACCUGGGUGUACGAUUUGUGUCGUCGUCUGGAGGAAUCUGCGCACGAGUUCAGAUUGUGUCUCCAUCACAAGCAUUUUGUUCCCGGUGCCUGCAUCUCCGAUAACAUAAUAGACAGUGUCGAACGUAGUAGGCACACCAUUAUGGUGUUGUCUCCAAACUUCUUAAAGAGUGAAUGGUGCAUUCUGGAGUUUCGGAAAGCCUUCCACCAAAGUUUGAUGGAAAAUGAGCGUCACUUGGUAGUGGUUAUGUUGGAGGGGUUCGAUGAAUCCAGUGUUCAUUCCGACAUGAAACAUUUUCUCAAGACUUACACAUACCUAAAGGCAUCUGACUUCUUCUUUAUGGACAAACUUGUGUACGCGUUAUCAAAGAAUCGGGACAAUACAAAGAACACGAGUCGUCACGUGGGAUCUGCUAAAGACCAAAUGGCGUCAAAGGCUCUUAUAAGUGUUGUUAAGUCGGUUUAGGUGUCGUAUAGUCAUUUUAGAUAUUGGUGUCAUGUGGUUA